UUGCGUGUGUGCGCGCGUGCCAGAGGAGGGAGACCUCGGCUCUGAAUCCAGACACGAAUCACAUACAGUGUGCGCGAAACGCUUCACUGCUGUUCUCUGUAACUCCACAGGGCAGAUUCUGUGUGAUUUGACACGAACUGGUUUGGGAACGUCGGAGUGACAUUGAAGAAGACGCAUUUCUGAAGACCCAGAACCGAAUCUCUGUCUCGAGCUCAUCUACAUUCAGCAUCCGUACAUUCUGGACCUGUUACCACUGGACUGGUACCACUGACCAUUUCACCCUGUGUGGAUACUUCUCCAGACCGCAGAGGAUUUGCGCAAUUUCCAACGGACCAAAUUAUGACUUAUUUUACUUUGCUUGGAUGAGUUUUCCAUCAAUCUGAUUUGCUUUACUUUUUAAAUAAAACACAUAUUAGCCUGUAUAGUUAAAUAUUUAAUUGGGCAAGUACCCGUUCAAUAAUUACUUUUUAAUGCAUCUCACUGCAAAUUAAAUAUUUGAAUGCAUUUUAUGAGAUGCGUAAAAUGGAAAACACUGCGCGUAAAUUCACGUCGGAUUAACUCUCUCUCCGCAUCCCGCCCGCAUUCCCGUGAAAAUCUAUGGAAGUAGCAGAGUUUGCUUUGAACGUGCUCUAGGCUGGGUGCCGGGAGUAUUUUCUGCGGGACGUAGAGAGGAUGCAGUCGGGGAUGCGGGCGCUCUGUGCCGGCGGAGGCGCGUCUCUCUGCUGCCUGCUCAUGCUGUGGAUGAUCUACACCCACAUCCUGAAAGAAGGUCAGUUGGCUGUAGGAACAUGUGAGAUAGUGAUGUUGAAUAGAGACAGCAGUCAACCCAAGCGCACUAUCGCCAGGCAGACAGCCCGCUGUGCCUGCCGGAGAGGACAGAUCGCUGGCACCACACGGGCCCGACCAGCAUGCGUGGACGCCCGGAUAGUGAAAAGCAAGCAGUGGUGUGAGAUGUCCCCGUGUUCAGAGGGCGAGAUCUGCGGACUGCUCUUCAAUCGCUCUGGAUGGACCUGCACCAAAGGCGGCGGCCGCAUUAAAACUGUCACGCCUCUGCCCAAGGAGCCAUCCUAAAGGACUUCAGAUUGCGGUGAGGAGGUUUGCUGACAUUCACAGGAGCGACGCCAAACAGGAAUCAUCCAUCAGCCCCCACACAUUUGUGUCCAUCCUCUCAUUUCGGAGCUAAAGAUAUCAGCUGCCCCUCUCCCCGUCACCCUCCAACAGGAAAUGGAAUCUGUGCGCCAUGGUUGCAGUCAGUCAAGCGUCUCCACAGUUACAUGCAGGUCAUCGAGUCUCACAGCUGGGGACACACAACAUUUUCAAUCAAACCUUGACAUAAUUGAACUGUUUAAGUUUUGAUCUCAAAAUGCAUUAGCUAGGAGAACAUUUCACUCGCUUUCCAUCCAGUUAAACCGUCAGAGGAGACUGUUCGCGUACCUUUCAGACUAAGAUUACAUAAAUUCCUCGCGAAGAGCGGCGAGGCUGUUGCGUAAGAACCAUCUCAAAGGACCCCAACUGCGUUUUCAGAGCAAGGACAUGUUGUCGAUGAAAGGCCAAGGAUGUGCAGAGACCUAGAAAUGUACCACAGAGCUCGGGCUCUCUGUAAAAGGACGUGUUUUCCCAUGGAAUUGAGAAGCAGCAGAUGACUGAUGUGUCCUGUAGAUGUGACCUCACACGGUUUGACCAUAUGGAUUGUGUGCUGUUGAGCUCUGUCUGAGAACGGCAAUGCACUGAUGCCGUCAACUCUAAUCAUGGCUGAUUUAAAGAUUAGAAAACAAUGUGUGGAUGUCAUCUGUCCCUUCCUCUCUGGGGCAAUGUGUCUAUGUAAAUGUGCACAAGGCUUUUGGGACUCUCUCUAUACUGGGGGUCGUGUUGAUUUGCUUCUUAAAGUGCCCCUAUUAUGGAUUUUUGAAAAUUACCUUUCAUGCAGUGUGUAAUUCAGCUCUAAUUGAAUGAAAACACCCUGCAAAGUUUUAAAUCUAAAAGUGCAAUAUGUAUAAAGUUAUUGUCUCUCAAAAGAAAGAGUCGACUCUGAAUCAUUGAAAUGAGUCGUUUUUAAAACGAAUCCCAAGCCUUUUCAUGCUGACGUCAACAUGAAACAUUAGCGUACUGCCCACCCACUUGCAGACCCGGGAAAACUUGGUCUGAAUGAAAAUGCUAAUUCAUUCUUUGCCACUAGGUGCCGCUUUUGGAGUGUAAAAAUAGCGGUUUCCCCAGUAACGCUGUACACAAAGCAGCACUGUGCUCACAAACGCUGCUUU